AUGAUUUGCUUGAAGUUCCUAUCUCUUCUUACCUAUGGACUUACAGUGCUGCAGGGCGUGAAAGGGUGGACAUACCAUUAUUCAGACAAAAACAUGACCUACAGGGAAGCAGAGCAGUGGUGCAGAAAGAAGUAUACUAACCUGGUUGCAAUCCAGAACAAGGAGGAAAUCAAGCACCUCAAUGCCUUCUUACCCUUCAAUCCGGGUUACUAUUGGAUUGGAAUCAGAAAAAUUAAUGGCGUAUGGACCUGGACUGGAACUAACAAAGAACUGACAGAAGAAGCAAGAAACUGGGCUUCAGGGGAGCCAAAUGGCAAAGGGAACAACGAGGACUGCGUUGAGAUCUACAUCAAAAGAGGGAAGGAUGAUGGCAAAUGGAAUGAUGAGCAGUGUGAGAAAAAGAAGGUUGCCUUGUGCUACACAGCUUCUUGCAACCCAUCUCUCUGCAGUGGCCAUGGAGAAUGCAUAGAGACUAUCAACAACCACACCUGCCAUUGCGACCCUGGCUUCUAUGGGCCUGAAUGCGAGUUUGUUAAGAGUUGUGAUCCACUAAAGAAACCUGAUCAUGGCAGCCUUGAGUGCCACCAUCCACUGGGGGACUUCAGCUACAACUCGUCCUGCACAGUUCAGUGUGAGGAGGGCUAUGAGCUGACUGCACUGGAAUCUGUCCACUGUACCUCUUCUGGGAUCUGGUCUGCCCCCCUUGCAGCAUGCAAAGCUGUGACCUGUCCUGCCUUGGAAAUGCCCAUCCACGGGGCUGUGAACUGCUCCCAUCCUGUGACCUGUCCUGCCUUGGAAAUGCCCAUCCACGGGGCUGUGAACUGCUCCCAUCCCUCCGUGCAGCUCACCUGGGGAACCACCUGUGAGUUCACCUGUGAGGAAGGAUUUACCCUGACAGGACCAGCCACACUGCAAUGUGGCUCCUCAGGGGCCUGGGACAGGCAGCAGCCAACGUGUGCAGCUGUGAGGUGUGAGGCUGUCCCGCGGCCAGCAGAAGGCUCUGUGAGCUGUGACCACGCUCCUGCAGAGCUCACCUCUGGCUCACGCUGUGAUUUCCAGUGCGAUGAGGGAUAUGUCCUGGAGGGCUCGCCCAGCACUGAGUGCACGGCACAGGGACAGUGGUCCGAGCCAGUGCCCAAAUGCAAAGGUAAGACUGUUGGAAAUUGCAGUUUUCUGGUCACUGGAGAACACACAGAAAUCCAUAUUCCUACAGGGCCCUGGCUCCAAACUAAAUGCUGUGCUCCCAUGUUUUCUACUGUUCCAAUGAAUUUGAAAAUAAAUUGUACAUCUACUAGUGCAAAAAAUUGGGCCAAAGACAGGAAAGUCCUUAGUUGUUCCAAUUGUGUUCUUUUGCCAAAAAAUUAUAUGGAUGCAAAAUGUGGAAAAAUAUAUAGAAAUUUCACUAUUUGUUUGCUUGGAACUUCUUGCUUUUUUUUUUCUUGCAUUCUUCACUGCUCUGCAGCAGGAAUGACCAUAUCUUUUUGUGUUUCAGUCAUACAGUGUCAACCACUGAGCUCUCCUGAGAAAGGCUCCAUGGAUUGCUCCCACAGGGCUGGGAUGUUCACCUACAACACCUCCUGCCACUUCAGCUGCCUUGAAGGAUGGAGUCUCAAUGGCUCUCGUGUUCUCGAGUGCAGCCAUUCAGGAAACUGGAGUGCCAGCCUGCCCACAUGUGAAGCCUCUGACCAAGCCAGCUACAUCUCUGUGGGCAUAGCAGCCACUUCUGCCUCUCUGCUGUCCUCAGCAUCAUUCCUCCUUUGGCUUGCAAGGCGCUUCCGGAGAAAAGCAAAGAAGUUUAUUCCUUUCAGGAACUGGCAGGAAACAGCCAGUGAAGGUAGUUUCCAAAGUGCUGGCGAGAAUGUCUAA